CCCAUCUUCCACGAGAAGCAACUCACCCCCUAGCCGAUUUUCCCCACUAGCCCCCGUCACGUGUCCCGCUGUCCCGGAACUCGAUACCCCAGCGCGCCGUCGCCGGAGACGAUCAGACGACACAGGCGCCAGGCCAAAUGGCGCCCAAGAAGAAGCAGCCGGUCUCGAAGCAGAAGCACAAGCCCAAGCCCUCCGCACCCUCCUCCUCCUCCUCCGCUGCGCCGCGCCUCGAGAUCUCGUCGGAGAACGAACGCCGCCUCCGACAACUCCUCCUCAACUCCUCCACAGCCAGCGCCCCAUCCCCCGCGCCCCUAGAUGCUCCAGCAGGGCGUUCCGAAUCGAGGGAACAGAAGGGGCGUCGUCUGCGCGGGGUCUACGACAAGUUGGCCCUCGAGGGCUUCUCUUCCUCGCAAAUCGAGCAGGCUCUCUCCGCUAUACCAGAUACGGCGACGUUUGAGUCGGCGCUGGAUUGGCUGUGCUUUAAUCUGCCCGGCGACGAGCUCCCCCUCAAGUUCGCCAGCGCCGCCGCCUCCACUUCUCGCACAGGAACAGAGGGUUCAGUUAAGGUAGUAUCAGCAGCGAAGGAUAAUUGGGUGCCACAGAGUCGUGGGCCUGUGGAGGAGGCAAAGGUUAGCACUGAGGGGUUGGAAAUUAAAAUUGGGAGACGGCAAGAAGAGGAUGUCACAUUGGACGAUGGCCGGUCAUCGCAAGCUGCAUGGAUCCGGCAGUACAUGGAACAGCAAGAGGAGGAGGAGGAUGCAAAUUCUAAUGAUUCCUCCACAUGGGAAGAUCGUUUAGCGGCAAGUUUUGAAGUUGCUGAAACAAAGCCAAGUAGGCGAAAGAAAAAGGGUAAAAAGGAGAACUCCAAAAAUGGAAACUCAAAAGAACAUAUAAGCCAAUCUGCAUCUCCUGUGUUCCCUAAUUCAGAAAUUGCAAGUGUCGAGGAUGGUCAGAUUGACCUGGGUGCAAGUGGGAACAAAUCUCCCAGUCUUGUCCAUAUUGAUGAAGGAUCCAAUUUACAAAAGGAAGUUCCUAAAAAUGUUGGUGAAACUUGCACGAAGGAGGCUGAAGAAGAGGAAGUAGAGCUUGAUAACUUGUUUUUUGAAGACUCAUCCGCUUGGGAGGUUGUGGCCCCUGAAAUCUUGAAGCAGCAACAAAUAGAGAAAUUAGCACAUGAUGGUUAUGGCCAUCUUCUUGGGAACAUAGAUGAUGUAUGGAAAAAGGGAGAUUGUGGUAAAAUGCCAAAAGCUAUUCUACAGAAGUUCUGUCAAAAACUUGGUUGGGAAGCACCGAAGUAUAGUAAAACAUCAGAAAAAGCUGGUAAAUUUAUAUAUGCUGUUAAUGUAUUGCGUGGUUCUACUGGCCGUGGUAAAAGUCGGAAGGCUGGAGGUUUGACAAAAAUUGAGUUACCUGAAAAAGAUGAAGAAUAUGUAUCUGUUCAGGAAGCACAAAGUAGAGUGGCGACAUUUGCUCUAUAUCAACUGUUUGCUGAUCUUCCACUACGUCAAUUGCUUAUUGAACCAUAUGCAUCACUUGUUUUAAGAUGGCAAGAAGGUGAAUUAGAAGCUUCAUCAACAUCAAGGGUGCUGGAUACCGAGGAUAGUCGAAGAGCUGGGUUUGUGGAUAUGUUAUUGGAUAUGGACGGAAUUACUACUCUUCCAUAUCAAAUCAGAGGUGCUCCUGAGGGCGGCACAUCCAUUGACUCUCUGAAUGAUAAGGAGACCAAUUCUGUCUAUGAGAAGAAAGAGGCAACUUUGCUGAAUCAUGCAGGAUCAAGACGAGAGCAAGCAGAGAGCACAGCCUUGAGAAAGCAGUUGGAACACAAAAGGAAGUUGCCCAAGUAUCUGAAAAUGCUGGGAGCAAGAGCUUCUUUACCAAUUGCUAGACUGAAAAACCAUUUCCUACAGUUACUGAAAGAGAAUGAUGUAAUUGUUGUCAGUGGAGAAACUGGAUGCGGGAAAACAACUCAGUUCUCCAACGGCGUUUGGGACUUUCAGCUGCAUCCCAGUCUCUCACAAUCGGCUAACCGGGAAUUGCAUUCCUUAUUGUUGGGUGUUCAGCCAUUAACAAUGAAUCAGGAUCAUCGGUUCUCUUCCACAAACAACAAGGAAGUGCCACAGUUUAUUUUGGAUGAUAUGAUUGAGUCUGAGCUUGGUGGUAAUUGCAGCAUUGUUUGCACACAACCUAGGAGGAUAGCGGCCAUUUCAGUAGCAGAAAGAGUGUCUGAUGAAAGGUGUGAAUCUUCACCUGGCUCUAAAGAUUCCUUGGUUGGAUAUCAAGUUCGUCUCGACAGUGCUCGGAAUGAGAGAACAAAGCUUCUGUUCUGUACAACUGGUAUCCUUCUGAGAAAGUUAUCUGGAAACAAAGACUUAAGUGAUGUUACUCAUGUUGUAGUAGACGAAGUACAUGAACGCACUAUUUUGAGCGACUUCCUGCUGAUUGUUCUUAAGACUCUUGUUGAAAAACGCUCUAAUCAACCAGGAAGAAAGCUGAAAGUGAUUCUUAUGUCUGCAACUGUUGAUUCAAGCCUAUUUGCACGAUACUUUGGAGAUUGCCCUGUGAUUAGUGUUGAAGGAAGAACACACCCAGUUUCAACUCACUUCCUUGAAGAUGUUUAUGAGAAAAUGGAGUACUGUCUUGCUUUGGAUUCUCCUGCAUCAGGAGCAUACUUCGCACAGCAUGGAGAAAAGUGGAAGCAUGCUAGUAGCUCAGUGAAUAACCGGAGAGGAAUGAAGAACCUUGUCAUGUCCUCGUGGGGGGACGAGUCAAUGCUUUCUGAAAAUUAUGUUAAUCCUCACUAUAGCUCUGAUUGCUAUCAGUCAUACAGUGAAAGGACCAACCAGAAUCUGAGACGCUUAAACGAAGAUGUCAUUGAUUUUGAUCUGCUGGAAGACUUAAUAUGCUAUAUUGACGAGAACUGCCCCUCAGGCGCUGUUCUAGUAUUUCUUCCUGGAGUUGCAGAGAUCGAAAUGCUGAUUGAUAGAUUAUCUGCUUCAGUUAGAUUUAAAGGUGCAUUAUCUGAUUGGAUCCUUCCUUUGCAUUCAAUGCUUUCACCCACUGAUCAAAGGAAGGUGUUCCUGUCUCCACCAGAAAACAUUCGCAAGGUUAUUCUUGCCACGGACAUAGCAGAGACUAGCAUUACAAUUGAUGAUGUUGUAUAUGUAGUUGAUACUGGAAAGCACAAAGAGAAUCGUUAUAACCCACAGAAGAAAAUGUCAAGCAUAGUAGAAGAUUGGAUUUCUCGUGCAAAUGCAAAACAGAGACGGGGACGAGCUGGUCGUGUGAGGCCUGGGUUGUGUUUCUGCCUUUAUACUCACCAUCGUUUUGAAAAACUGAUGCGGCCAUUUCAGGUGCCUGAGAUGCUGCGGAUGCCAUUGACUGAGCUGUGUUUGCAAAUAAAAUCACUUCAUCUGGGUGACAUAAAAUCCUUCCUACUAAAGGCUGUAGAGCCCCCAAAAGAAGAAGCUAUCUCCUCUGCAAUUGACUUGUUAUUUAAGGUUGGAGCCUUUGAAGGACAUGAGGAGUUAUCACCUCUUGGCUAUCAUUUAGCAAAACUGCCUGUUGAUGUUUUGAUUGGCAAGAUGAUGCUCUAUGGGGCUAUCUUUGGCUGCUUAUCACCAGUUCUUUCUGUUGCUGCUUUUCUGAGUUAUAAAUCCCCUUUCAUCUCUCCAAAAGAUGAGAAGCAAAAUGUAGAGAAAGCAAAGGCUGCAUUGUUGAAUGAAAAUCUUGAUGGGUCUACUUCUAUAGUAGAUAACAAACAAUCAGAUCAUUUGUUAAUGGUUAUUGCAUACAACAAGUGGUCCCGGAUACUGCAAGAGCAUGGAACUAGAUCUGCUCAUCAGUUUUGCCGUUCAUUCUACUUGAACAGUACAGUGAUGUAUAUGAUCAGGGACAUGCGUCUACAGUAUGGCACAUUGUUAGCAGACAUUGGACUUGUGGAUCUUCCUAAAGAUAAUCUGAAUCAAAUGAAUGGGAAUAGAAAAAGCAAUCUUGAGAGUUGGUUUGCCAAUAUAUCUCUUCCGUUCAACUUAUACGCUGGCUACACCUCAGUUAUCAAGUCGGUCAUAAGUGCAGGUCUAUACCCUAAUGUUGCAGCAACUCUGGAGGGUGUUGAUCCAGGAGCUUUGGGUGGCAGAAAGCCAUCUGAUGUUCUGUUUGGUAAGGAUCGUCCUCGAUGGUAUGAUGGAAGGCGAGAAGUUCAUAUACACCCAUCAUCUGUGAAUCACAGCUUGAAGUCGGUGCAAUACCCAUUUCUGGUGUUCCUUGAAAAGGUUGAGACUAGUAAGGUGUUUCUACGUGAUACCAGUGUCAUUUCCCCCUACUCACUCCUUCUGUUUGGUGGUUCAAUGGUAAUCCAACACCAGGCUGGAGUGGUUAUUAUAGACGGAUGGCUGAGGUUAACUGCUGCUGCACAGACUGCUGUUUUAUUCAAGCAACUUCGCAUUACACUUGAUGCUGUUCUGAAAGAAUUGACAAGAAAGCCGGAGAUGGCAACUUUUGUUGACAACGAAGUGGUCAGAUCCAUCAUUCAUUUGCUGUUGGAAGAAGAAAAGGCCCAACAAGCAUGAAUUGUGGUCAAUGAAUUACUGUACAGAUAAUGGUGGAACUGUGGUGGAAUUAACUUGAGAACUUAUCCUCAGAUCAGGUGCCCGGAUCUAAAUUGCAAAUGACAUGCUGCUGGCCUUUUUGGAGCACAUGAGCCUUCAUGCUACAUGAUGAAUGCUAUCAAGUAGCGAAGGUUGAUUCUCAGGGCUCGGUCGUAUUUGACAUUUCUAUGGGUUUCUGCAACCUUGCACGCCGGCCUUUUACUGUGCUGGUGACUGACGAUGGAGAAGAAGCUUCAGAGUGACCACAUUGCAUUGGCUUGACAUCUUUACAGAACAAAAGUGUAUGCUUUAUUACUCAUAUCACAAUGCUUACAUGCUACAGUGAAGAUGAUAAGUGCAUUGGAAAUGAAAUACUCUCUAGCAACUUCCAACUUGUUUAAUUUAAUAUUGGGGUGUUCAUGUA